UUGAUGAAACACAGAAAAGAGAAAUAAAUAAAAAAGCCACAAAAAUAAGAAAUCUCCCUUUGUGCUUUAGUCUCUUCCCUCCUUCUCCUUCUUAUUACGUUUCUUUGUUCACUCUCUAGCAAAAAUAGGCACAAAAAUAAAAUCUUUUGGGUUUUUUUCAGUCUUCUCUUUGGUGGGGUUGCUUAAUUCAAAACCCUUGUUAUCCCCUUGGAAAACCAUUUUUUUUUUUUUUUUUUGCUGUUGAGAUUUGCCAAUCUUGAUUUGUUUUUAUUGAAGGGAUUUGAAUCUUUAUUAGUUUUGGGGUAGUCUCUCUAGGGUUUCCUUGACUUAUCAAAUGCAAUUUACAAAGAUUUUGAUAACCCCUUUUGAUUUCUUGAUUUGUUUUCAGUUUUGUGUCAACAUUUGCUCAAUUUGAUGGUUUUAUGAUAACCCCUGUUGAUUUUCUUGGAUUAAAGAUUGGAACUUUGUUCAAAUUCUUGGCUUAAAGUUGUUGUAUUUUAGGUUGUGAAAUUGAAAUUAAAGAUUGGAACUUUGAUAAGGUAGUAUGACUAGUGUUUUCAAUGAGGAGAUACUUGCAGACAAGCUUUCAAAGCUCAACAGCACUCAGCAGUGCAUUGAAACAUUGUCCCAUUGGUGCAUCUUCCACCGAGAUAAAGCAGAGCUGGUUGUUACAACAUGGGGUAAACAGUUCCACAGUUCCGAAAUGGCUCAGAAAGUCCCUCUACUGUACCUUGCAAAUGACAUCCUGCAAAACAGCAAGCGUAAAGGAAAUGAGUUUGUCACCGAGUUUUGGAAGGUUCUUCCUGGAGCACUCAAGGAGGUUGUCGGAAAAGGCGAUGACCAUGGAAAGAAUGUAGUUUCCAGAUUGGUUAAUAUAUGGGAAGAAAGGAGAGUUUUUGGAUCUCGAACACAGAGCCUGAAAGAUACAAUGCUUGGAGAAGAGCUGCCACCGCCAUUAGAAUUUGGUAGAAAACGAAGUCGUUCUGUCAGAAUAGUUAAAAGAGAUUCGCGAUCCAUAAAAACGAAAUUGACUGUUGGAGGAACAGCUGAAAAAAUAGUGUCAGCAUUUCACUCGGUAAUCAGCGAGCAUUCUACUGAAGAUGAAGAAAUGAGCAAAUGCAAGUCUUCUGUUCACCAUGUGAGAAAGAUGGAAAAGGAUGUCGACAUGGCCCUUGCAAAAGCAAAAGAUCCAAAGAGAAAAACCUUAUCCAAAGAACUGGAGGAGGAAGAAAGUAUUUUGAAACAGUGUAUUGAGAAACUUAAAGUUGUUGAGGCAAAUAGAUUGACUCUUGUGUCACAGUUAAGAGAAGCACUAAAUGAACAGGAAUCUGAACUAGAGAACAUUCGGACUCAGAUACAGGUGGCGGAAGCACAGGCAGGGGAAGCCAGCAACAUGCGUAAGCAUCUGGAUGACGAAGAUUUUGUGGGAGAAAAAAAGCCUUUGGCUAUAACAUCAACAUCAGCAUCAAGCAAGAAGACAGCUGCGGCAAUUGCAGCUGAGGUAGCUGACAAGCUUACAGCUUCUAGCUCCUCUCAGUAUAUCAUGUCAUCGGUCCUCUCUACAUUUGCUGCUGAGGCGGCAAAAACAGCCGGACUGUCAAAACCAGCCACCAACAAUUCUAUUUCAAAACCAGAAAAGUCUCUAUCAGAUUCAAAUGUUUUACUGCCAGCACAACAGUUACUUAAUCCUCCCCAAAGUAACCCUUAUCAGUCAAUGAUGGUUCCUCAUCCCACAGUGCAUGGUCAAAUGCCAAAUACUCCGGGUCAAUAUCAUUCUAAUCCAACAUCCCAGCAGUAUUUACAGCCAUCAGCAGGAAUGGUGAGCCCUUAUGGUUAUGCUUUGCCAUCUGUACCACCUCCGCCAGCACCUCCAUCGUAUAUGAUGCAGCAACAAUAUGUAGUACAACAGCAACAAGUACCGUUACCUCAACAAGCUCCGCCUCCUAAUUUCCGUCCUUUAACACCUAUUCAGCCUCCUGGAAUGGUGUACUAUUCUCAACCACAUCAUUCACAAUGAGACAGUACUCUUUUCAACUGACUGUUUCUUCUUACAAAAAUGGUAGCAGAAACAACAAAUUUCUGGAUGUGAACAAUAGGAGGUCGUUGGACGAAUCAUGAAGAAUUCUAACCGACGUGUAGUGUUACAUACAGAGCAAGAGCGGCUGAUAGUGCAGGUAAUAGAUAUCAUUAGUGCUUAUUUUUCCAUCUUCAAGUCGGUUUAGAAAUCUCUGCGAUAAUCAGUGUCUUCAUCUGGUGUUGUCAUUGUUGUUCCUUUGGGGAUUCGUUUUCUCCUUUUUCUGUUUUGCCCUUUCAUUAUACAUGUAACACUAACAUGAUGGCAGGGGCUGCUGACAAUUUUGUAUUACUAGUUAAACAAGAUAGAAGAACUAGGUUUUUUCUCUCACAUAAACUUGGUAAAAGAAAUAGCCAGCUC